AUGGCUGAGUUACUGAAGCAAACAUUUGCCAAUGCUAAGGCUGAAGGACGUAAUGCUCUGGUCACAUUUAUGACCGCUGGUUACCCCAGAGUUGAAGACACGAUUCCAAUGUUAAAAGGCUUUCAAGAUGGUGGCGUAGACGUUAUUGAGCUGGGAAUGCCUUUCUCGGACCCUAUUGCAGAUGGACCAACUAUCCAGUAUGCUAACACUGUUGCUCUUCGCAAUGGUGUAAACAUGGUGCAAACCUUGGAUAUGGUGCGUCAAGCCAGAGCUGAAGGUGUUACUGUGCCAAUCAUUCUCAUGGGAUACUACAACCCUAUCAUGAAUUUUGGAGAAGAAAAAUUCAUCGAAGAAGCCGCUAAAGCUGGAGCAAGUGGGUUUAUCAUUGUCGACUUGCCUCCAGAAGAAGCCCUAAAACUGCGUGACCUUGUAAAUUACAACGGUUUGAGCUUGAUCCCACUUGUAGCGCCAUCUACCACAGAUCAUCGCUUGGAGCUUUUGUCCGAAAUUGCCACAUCUUUCAUCUAUGUUGUGUCCAGAAUGGGAACUACUGGUGCUCAAAUUUCUGUUUCUGAAGACGUCACCGCGUUGGUCGACCACGUCAGAAAAUUCACGAAAGAUAUUCCACUUGCUGUUGGGUUCGGCGUUUCUACCAGAGAACAUUUCAAGACUGUUGGUGCAGUAUCUGAUGGUGUUGUGAUCGGCUCACAGAUCAUUAAGCUAAUCGAGGAAUGUAAGGAUAAUGAGCGUUAUGAGGUAGUCAAAACCUACGUGGAAGAAAUUUUGGGUGGCCAAAAACACGCUGUUCUAUCGACUGAAGAGUUUAAACAAUUGCAAACGAAGUCAAUUGCCGAAGGUAAAACCCGCAAAGCUGCAGUUACCAACUUCAAUGAGGAACACAAAUUUUUGGCGAACUUCGGAGAUUUUGGCGGCCAAUAUGUACCUGAAGCCUUGCACGCUUGUUUGAGAGAACUAGAACAAGGUUUCGAAAGUGCUGUUGCUGACCCCAUUUUCUGGCAACAGUUCAGAGACAUGUACUCGUACAUUGGUCGACCUUCAUCGCUACACAAGGCUGAAAGACUCUCAGAACACUGCGGGGGCGCUCAGAUCUGGUUGAAAAGAGAGGACUUGAACCAUACUGGUUCUCAUAAAAUAAACAAUGCUCUAGCGCAAGUUCUCAUUGCCAAAAGACUGGGAAAAAGUAAGAUCAUUGCCGAGACUGGUGCUGGUCAGCACGGUGUAGCCACAGCUACUGCGUGCGCCAAAUUCGGUUUGGAAUGUACCGUAUUUAUGGGUGCUGAGGAUGUUCGUCGUCAGGCUUUGAACGUCUUCCGGAUGCGUAUCCUAGGUGCCAAUGUAGUCGCUGUCACCAACGGUACCAAGACUUUGAGAGAUGCUACUUCAGAAGCAUUCCGCUUCUGGGUUUCUAACUUAAAGACAACUCAUUACGUUGUGGGUUCAGCUAUUGGCCCUCACCCAUAUCCAACCCUGGUUCGUACUUUCCAAUCGGUCAUUGGUAAUGAAACUAAAGAACAGUUCGCAAAGCUAAACGAUGGUAAACUUCCAGACGCGGUGGUUGCGUGUGUUGGUGGAGGAUCGAACUCGACUGGUAUGUUCUCACCAUUUGAGCACGACUUAUCCGUCAAGCUGUUGGGAGUUGAAGCUGGUGGAGACGGUGUUGACACCAAAUUCCAUUCUGCGACAUUGACUGCUGGUAGACCUGGUGUCUUCCACGGAGUUAAGACGUACGUUUUGCAAGACAGCGAUGGUCAGGUGCACGACACCCAUUCUGUUUCCGCUGGUCUGGACUACCCUGGUGUGGGUCCUGAAUUGGCCUCCUGGAAAGCUUCCGGCCGUGCCAGUUUCAUCGCUGCCACUGACGCUCAAGCUCUUCAAGGCUUCAAGAUACUAUCACAGCUUGAGGGUAUUAUUCCAGCCUUGGAAUCCUCGCAUGCUGUUUAUGGAGCUAUUGAACUGGCCAAGACCAUGGACAAGAGUCAACACCUCAUUAUUAACGUGUCUGGAAGAGGUGACAAAGAUGUUCAAAGCGUGGCAGAAGUGCUACCCAAGCUAGGCCCACAAAUUGGCUGGGAUUUGAGAUUCGAAGAGGAUCCAUCGAAGUCUGCUUGA